UUACUCCCACUUAAACUUGUGUCUGGCAUUUUCAGGGUUUGAAUAGACUCAGCGUGCAUAAUGGGAGUGAAAGGCCUCUUUCCCCUGCUUAAAAAGCACGCUCCUUCAGCUGUACGCAGCCAUCCGCCGAAUUACCUACAGGGUAAGAGGAUCAGCUUAGAUGGAAAUUUACUUCUAUUUCGAGAUUUUAUGUCACCCUUAUGGCUCCCUGCCGAUCUCGAAAGUAAACAUGCCAUGUGGUGCUUGAGGCUUGCUAGAUACUGCAGAGCAUGCAACAUCAGUCCCAUCAUUGUAUUCGACUCACCCAUGACCACGCCGGCCAAAGUUCGAGAGCGCGCGAAACGUAGUCUCGCGCGCCAAUCUGUGAGGCGUGUAUUUGACACUGCGGUUGAUCGAUCACACAGACUCACAGAUUUGACUGAAACAUUCAGCAAGCUGAUUGACAUGGAGCCGCUACAGCGUCAACAGGUUGCUCGUAGCUUCGAGGCAGAGCUAGUUGGUGCAGACAGCAGCAUUAUGGAGGCGAUGCUUUCUUUAAAGGAAACCACAGUGAGUCAGACAACAGAUUUGCAGGAAACGAUCAUAAUACCAGAUUCUGUGGUAGAUGAUACCUUUGCUGGACAGCCCGAGGAGGUGACGAAUAUGACACAAAGCUUGAUUGGACACCUUGAUCGUGUCGUCAAAGCAGGAACUUCCACUGCUAAAGCUAAAACUGAGCUAGAUGUUCUGCUUUCCUUUGCAGUCACGCGGAACUCAACGUUGCCGAUAGAAGGAUUACAGCAGUUGAGUAUCGACACCACCGAGCUCGUCGAGAAGCUUUCUCGAAGAAUCAAAGGUCCGACAAAUACACAAGUCUCGCAAUGCCAAAAGUGGCUCCACGAGUGCUUUCACCUGCCGGUGCAACAGUCACCUGAUAGUUUUGAGGGCGAAUGCACAGCCGCAUUCUUUCAAAAGCUAGGCUAUGUUGAUCUGGUGGCGAGUGAUGAUUCAGAUGUGCUCAUCUAUGGUGUUUCCCAGCUUCGCGGCUUCAUGGGCCUUGGAGGCAAUGGAUACGACUCUCAAUCAGACAAGAAAUUACUCAAGCUUUUACCAUUGACCGAGGUAGACGUCGAGAGUAUGAUGGCAUCUCUUGACCUGACUGCUGAUAGUCUGGUCGACUUUGCUAUACUUUCUGGGACAGAUUACACCAUCAAUAUCCGUGGAAUGGGCCCUCAAAAGGUGCUUGACUUGAUUCGUAAAUACGGAAACCUCUCGGAUACACUGGCGGCACUUGAAACUAUUCAUUUCAGCUCAGGAGCACGCAAGGGCAGUAUAAAGUACAAAGUGCACGAGAGCUUCGCAGAUGAUGCACUAGUGGCCCGAAACAUCUUCAGCUCCUUUCCAAACAUCACGCAGCUUGCACCGCAUUUUCAAUCAUCGGAAAUCUUUCUCAAAAGCACUGAAGAAUGGAAAAACCUGUGUAGGGAUGAUACAGCAUGGCAAAUGGCCGAGGAAGAAGUCUUGUCAAGGUGCCCUGACUUGUCGAAAAUGAGUCUUUCCUUACUAGACGAUAAAGGGCUUUAUAUGCCCAAUGCUAACCACGUUGGAAGACUCAUAUGAAAUUUCUGUGCCCGCCUCGUAUUUCGAAUUCAUGCUCACAGAUCUAAUUCCUCACUUGUAG